AUGAGUGAUGAAUACGCUGCUGUAAAGAGAGGCAAAUUGAUUUUCAAGGGUGAUAAACCGAAGGCAAAGAAACGCAAACACAAAAAGAAAGAUAAAAAUAAAGAAUCAAAAGUAGAUGAGGAUUGUGUAAAUCAUGGGGGAUGGUGGCGUGUAAACAAGAUUGAAGAUGUCAGUGGAUCCAUAUGCAUUGAGUUUGGCAAAAAUACUUAUGUAUCAGCACUAGACAAUGGAUUGUUUACACUCGGAGCACCACAUGAUGAGGGUGAUGGGCCUUCACCUGAAGAAAUAUUCACUGCAUUCCCAGCUGGUGACAGCAAAUUUGCAGUGAAAUCUGGUUAUGGCAAAUAUUUAGGAGUUUCCAAAGAUGGGGUGGUAAUUGGUAGAUCUGAUGCCGUGGGACCAAUGGAGCAAUGGGAGCCAGUUUUUCAAGAUGGACGCACAGCAAUACUCAGUUCCCUCAACAAGUUCAUAUCAGUCAACCCUGAUGACGAUUCAGUAGUAGUGAAUUCACUCACUGCUGGUGAACAGGAGUUCUGCAACCUCCGUAGCAACAAGACCAAGGAAAAUAAUAAGGCAGUGAUGCCUGACGAGGAGCAAGCUGAUCUGGCCGAAGUGGAAGUCAAUUAUGUAAAGAAAUUCCAAAAAUUUCAAGACAAGAAACUGCGACUAAAUGAUGGUGGCGUAGUGGAAUUAAAAAGAGCCAAGAUUGAUGGAAACCUGCACGAGACCCUACUGGAUAGGAGGAGCAAAAUGAAAGCCGACAGAUAUUGUAAA